CUAAAACCCUUCAACGGAGAGUCUUUCAAGUUUCAACUUCUACUCUUCUCUCCCGCAAAUACGCUAAACCCUAAUACCAAAUCUUUAUCUGCGAUAGCGUCAAUGGCAGACACCGUGGUUUCGCUGGAUAAGCUGAAGGCCUUUCUCCGUUCUCAGGUUCAGGAUGAGGAGAAGUGGGCUGCAAACGUGAAAUUGCUACGGGCAGCUGGGAUUUUUGCUGGAUCCAUCUUUCUGAUGCGUAAUUAUGGUGAACUUAUGGCGAUAUGAGGUGGAUGACCACAGCGUUUCUUGAGUUGUAUGUUUUUUUUUUUGCUUUUUUGGGUCAACUCUUUGAUUCUGGAAUGAUAUGCUUUGCAUAUACACUUCAAUUUGAAGUUGGUUAAUGUCAGCUAAUCAAUGGUCGUUUUUUUUCUUCUUUAUUUUGCUGAAAGACAAGCCGCGCCAAAUGGUUUGAAAAGAAAUGAAAUAAUUUUUAUU